GUACAUUUCUCUGCCUGUUUUUCAGCUCGGGAGGGGGAGACAGACAGGAAUGAAAGCUUUUCCUCAGAGUUGAGGAGCAGGUUGGGCUUUCGGUCGCGAAUGAACGAUAACAGACCGAGCGGCGAACAAGAGGAGAUUAUCGAAAACCGCUUCCAUACUUUACAAACAAACAGCCGCGCGAAUGGAGACGAGGGCAUGAGGCGGAAUAUGUGUAGACUUUGCUCGGAGCGAGACAUGAGUCUAGGAUUCUGAUUAGAGUUGACACAAGCCCAGCUCCAGUAGCAACUCUAUCCACACUUCACCUCCAACCCCCUCCUUCACUCCUCAACCAGGAAAUCAUCGUGCUGUGCUGCUUAUCCUUCUUCCCACAGAUUAAACAAAAACGCCAAACCCCUCCGUGGGUUCAUCCAUGAGGAUCUCGUCGGUUUCUCUAGUGUUUUCGCCUCUGGAAGUUCGGCUUUACGUCUGAAGAGGAUCCGCGCUGUCGUCGAACAAUGAGUGAGUCAAGUAUCUGUCAGGCACGGGCCACUGUGAUGAUCUACAAUGAUGCUGAUAAGAAGUGGGUCCCGGCAGGCACGGGUGCCCAAGCUUUCAGCAGGGUCCAGAUCUACCACAACCCCAGCAAUAACGCCUUCAGAGUGGUGGGACGAAAGAUGCAGCCCGACCAGCAGGUUGUGAUAAACUGUCCAAUUGUAAAAGGAUUAAAAUAUAAUCAGGCAACGCCAAACUUCCACCAGUGGCGGGACUCUCGGCAGGUGUGGGGACUAAAUUUUGGCACCAAGGAAGAUGCAGUGCUGUUCGCCAAUGGCAUGAUGCAUGCGCUCGACGUCCUCAGCUCCUUGCCUGAUGGAGGUUACUCCACACGACCCGUGUCCAAUGGACCAUCCCCAGAAGAGCUGGAACAACAGAAAAGAUUAGAACUACAGAGGAUGGAGCAGCUAGAGCGAGAGAGACAAGAGAGAGAGCGACAGGAAAGGGAAAGACAAGAACGAGAACGACAAGCAGCUCCAGUAGUCAUUCCUCCUGCACCACCUUUGGCCCCUGGAGGUCCUCCAGCUCCCCCUGGACCUCCACCUCCUCCUGGGCCCCCUCCAUCUGGACCUCCCCCACCACCUGGACCUCCUCCCAUGGGAGGAGGAGCUCCACCUCCACCUGCUCCUCCUCUGCCAUCUUCUGAAGGAGGUGGAGGCGAGGGAGGAGGACCAGGCGGCGCUGGUUUCGCUGCUGCCCUGGCAGGUGCCAAACUCCGCAAAGUGCCCAGGGAUGAUGUUGGUGGUGGCGGAGUUGGAGGUGGCAGUAGUGCGGCCAGUGUGGCGGCAACUCCUAAAGCAGACAGCAGCCGCAGCAGUGUGUCUAUGCCCAGCGGAGGAGGAGGCCUGAUGGGAGAGAUGAGCGCAAUUCUAGCACGGCGGAGAAAAGCAGCAGAUAAAGGGGAGAAGGCACCCCCCAAACCAGAGGAGCCCAAUAAUGAUGAUUCCGACGCUCAAGGCCCGGGCGACUUUAGGAGACCAUGGGAAAAAUCAGCCACCAUGCCCAGGACAAACUCAGCACCCAGAGGUCUGGAGUCACCCUCUUCCUCUAGCCCAUUUACCAGGAUGAAACCCAGUAGCCAAUCAGCAGAGCCCGAGAGUGGAGAAGGAGAGUCAGAGAUGGAAAGAAUUAAGCAGGAACUGCUAGAGGAGGUGAGAAAAGAGCUUCAGAAGGUUAAGAAUGAAAUCAUUGGAGCCUUUAUUCAGGAGUUACAGAAACGAGGAUCUACAUAGUCCCACAGAAAUUGAUGGGAAGGGAUCACUAGGUCCUGAGAACCCAGGGAUACACCACACACACAGACACCACACACACAAGCACACAGGGACUUAACGCUUAAUCAUGACCAUUCAGCCCAAGAUGAGGUUUCUUGUACCUUUACCUACCAUUGUUUUCUUUCACAUUCAUCUAUAUUUCCUUUCUCUCCACGUUUUAGUUUUACAUAUUUUGUUUUCCACUUAAUGUUUUACAUACUGUGCACAUUGUCACCCUCUAGCUUGAUUCCUGUAAUACACAGUGCAUAAAUCCUCACCCACAAUCUCAAUACUUGUCUAAUGUUAUUGUAUUCAGGGAAUAUAGCAUAUCAACUAUCCCAGUGACUGUAACAGCCAUAUACAGAUACGCAGAGCUAUGAUGCAACAAUAAGGAGGCAAAAACAAGAUGUAUCUUGGAGAAAAAGACCUGCAGUAGUACACACACUAUCUACCACACACACACACACACACCUCAUGACCGGACCAUCAUGUCAGGUCCCAUUCUUGUGCUUUUAGCUGGGAGAUUUUCACAUCAGACCUGGUUUAGGGGAAAACAAAAGCAUAUAUUUCACUUUAAUUUGAAGCUCAGAGCUUUGUGGUUUCAUGUGUGUGGGUGCAUGUUUUUGUUUAUGGACGUAUGGCUGCAUUUGCCUCUGUUUAUCAGUGCCAUCUUGUACACGGUCACCUGACCGCCACUAUCCGGUGGUGCGAAACAACUGUUGUCAUAGUUUCAGCCCUCAUUUGAGAUGUUUUUAAACUUUGUGUUGAGAUAUGAAAUAAUAUGGCCAUGUUCAUUUUUGUCUGUUGGCCAUGCCAAACUGCCUUGGAAAAUACAUAUAAAUAUAAAUAUAUAUAUAUAAGGUAUAUAUAUUUGUUUUGAGGGAAAAAGGUAGAAAACUUGAGAUAAUGUUUCUAUUUUAAUUGAAAUGAUUGGUGAAUGGGGACUUAUUGUGAUUAUAAUGUUUUCUUUUCAGAGAUUGUUAUUUUCGGAUUUCUGUUAAACUUCCGUUUCUUUUUUUUCUAUAGAAUAUAGGCUUUUUACACUGAAAUAUAUAAAGAAAAAUUGCGUAGAGACACUGGAUUAGAUGCUUUUGUAGUCAAAUACAGCUGCUUCUUCUACUGCA